AUGGAGGGGAGGAGGCUGGGUUGGCCCUGUUUCUAGGUGGGGUUAGCUGCUGUAUAAAAAGUCUCUGUUUGGAUCUACAACGCCCCUGGAACCAACACAGAAAAGUCACUUCUCGUCACUUCUGUCCUCUUAAGCAACACGAUGGCGAAACCAUGUUCCAUCGGUGACUACUUGACGCAAUUCGUCUAUCUGGGCAUGCCUGAUGAGUCACUCAUGCAGAACGAAGGAACAGUGACAGCAGCACCCAACUUCAACCCCAGCGCAGAUGCAGCAGUCCUGGACAAAGCCAUCAAAGCAAAGGGUGUGGAUGAAAACACCAUCAUUGAAGUUCUGGUCAAAAGGAGCAACGAGCAGAGACAGAAAAUCAAAGAGGCUUACCAGCAAGCCACUGGCAAGCCUCUGGACUCAGCUCUGAAAAAUGCUCUGAGUGGAGAUCUGGAGGAUGUGGUGCUCGCUCUUCUGAAAACACCAGCCCAGUACGAUGCUUGUCAGCUAAAACAGGCAAUGAAGGGUCUUGGAACAGAUGAGGACACCCUGGUGGAGAUUCUUGCCUCCAGAAACAACAAGCAGAUCCUGGACCUGAAGAAAGCCUACAAAGAAGAAUUCAAGAAGGAUCUGGAGCAGGACAUCAGGUCUGACACCAGUGGAGACUUCAGGGCUGCCCUCUUGGCUCUCUGCAAGGCCGGCAGGACUGAAGGAGUUAGUGAGCAGUUGAUUGACAGCGAUGCCAGGGCUCUGUACGAGGCUGGGGAGGGCAAGAAGGGCACAGACUGCGCCGUCUUCAUCGACAUCCUGACCACCAGGAGUGCCUGUCAUCUUCGCAAAGUCUUUGAGAAGUACUCAAAGUACAGCAAAGUGGAUGUGUCCAAAGCUCUUGACCUGGAGCUGAAGGGAGAUAUAAAGAACUGUCUCAAAGCAAUAGUGCAAUGUGCUGGAAGCAGGGCUGCAUUCUUUGCAGAAAGGCUCUACUUGGCCAUGAAGGGUUCAGGUACCCGCAAACCUAUCCUGACCCGCAUCAUGGUGAGCCGUUCUGAGAUCGACAUGAAACGGAUCAAGGAUGAGUACAAGAAAAAAUACGGCAAAACCCUCUACCAGGAUAUUCUGGAUGACACAAAAGGAGACUACGAGAAGAUCCUUCUCGCUCUUUGUGGGGGUGAAAACUAAAAAUAUGUCAUUGGGAACAAAGUGCAAAGAAGCCAAAUAUCCUCCAUGAUGUCCAUCUGUGGCAAAUCACCCAUUUUCUCUUCACCCAUAUCGUGCCUUAUGCAAAUUUGUGGAGAAGUAAAGAGAUGUCAUGAUAUUUAGCAACAAGUAUAAGAAUUUCAUGAAAUUGGCGCUGCUUCCGCGAAAAGAUUUUUGCCCUGGGAACUAAGAUUUAUUCCAAAAAUGUUCAGCAUUGACCUUACAACAGCAUGCCACUAGAACUGUGCUCCCGAAUAUUCUAUGUUUUUUUUUUUAUUUUACACUUGAAGCUCAUGAAACUCAGGAUGGGUAAUGCAGUGUUCAUGACAUAUACUUAUAAUCAUGUUACAAAUAUUAAGUGGGAGAAAUUCUACUGAAGGAGCUUUCGUAUCUGCAAAUAAAGGUUUUAAAAUGAA